CGAGACAAACAACGUGGGGGCCGCCGUCGCCGCCACCGUCGCUCUGUGUUCUCGCUAGCACAGUCGCGCGCGCGCCUAUAUGCUCCGCAGCACGCGCGUUUCGCCGCUGCUCUCUGAUGCUGUCACUGUCGACGAGCCGGUGUUUUUAAGCUCGGUUAUGUGUGUGCACGAGUAAGUACGUGCCUUGGCUGUCGUGGACCGCGAGGUUUUUCCGUCGCCGAGUCGUGAGUGACAAGUGCGCGGAUGCUGAGUGAUUGCAGGGACGCGUAUUUCGUCUAACCUAAAAGACGCUUUUUCAAACGAAGUUUCCCAACGGUCGAAGAAUUCUCGUUGAAAACACACCGGGGGACUGAAGGACUGCAUCGCAGGAGACGCGAUCGAAAAGCGAACGAGACGUAAGUGUAUAAUAGCCGAGGAGUUCUUUUCGACGCUCCCUGUGCGCGCUCUUCUCUCUGAAUCAGCAUCGCCGGCGCGUUAAUAGUCAUUGUCGCGAAAUUAGUCAGCCGUCAACAAAAGAGGAGGAGGAGGAGGAGGAGGCGGCGGAGGAGAGAAAGACAAUGAGAUUACAAGCGCGCUGAUGUGUUUGUUUGUUUGUCCGCUCGCGCACACGUGCGUCGCGUGAGUGAUAUACGUUUUUUUUCGUCGUACCGCGUCUCUGUCUAAAUAUACGAACGACUAAUCGCGCUGCAUCGAUCGGUGCGGAAAACCGAGGGGAAGAGAGUUAUUUCGUUGUUCGAGUAGAUCAUGGAGUCCGAGGCGGAAAGAAGGAAUGUCCGCCGCGCGCCGGCGUCGAGUCAUUUCGGGGAAACAAUCAAAUAACGGGGAAUCAGCGAAAACGUUCGAGACUCCGUGAAUCUUGUGUACACAGCAACGGACCGAAUAAGACACUUGCCAGUGCGCGGUGUGUGGUGUUCGUAUAUACGUGCGUGUUGUUUUUCUUUUUUUGUGCGAGAAGCGGAAAGAGAGAAGCAAGUGUGCGCGGAAUAGGGAGAAUCGAGGAGGAAAAAUUCUACAGUGAAGUGCGCCAACGACUGAAUUUCGAGUUAAUUUUACACGGAAAGAACAGUGACAAGUGACAAGUGCAUCGUACUCUACGACAAAAAUACAGAAGUACUGCGGCCCAAUAUAAUACUCGUAGAAAGAAAGAAAGUCGCGGAAGCUCGUGACGUCGUCGGAUCUCUCUCUCUCUCUCUCUCUCUAUAUAUAUAUAUAUAUACCCACGCACACCUCGAACUAUCAACAGGUGUAGGCGCAUCGCGCGCUUGCGUCAUAGCGUAAACGCAAGUGAGUUGCAGAAAAAGCGUAACACUUUUCGCCGGCCUCUAUAUAGCUUGUCAUGUAAGGACCAAACUAAUGACAUGCACUACCCCCACUGCUGACCGGCUGUAAUGUAUUACUGUCAGGGCCAUAUCGGCGAGAGUCCAUUUGACAACGGCUCCUGGGGGAAAGAUCACUUUCAGCCAACAACGGUUCCCUGGCAGGCGAAUCCACGCGGCCACGGCCGAACAAACGAUGAUGGCAUAAUGGAUCAUGACACGGACGGCGACGGCGCGAUCAACUUGUCAACGUCCCAACGACCCUCGGCCUCCACUACACCGAACGGCGAUAUUCUGACCUACGGCCAAGAUCAGCAGGAAAACGAUCAGGCAAGCAGUCUGUACGCAGCUUUGAAGCAACAGCAGCAGCAACAGCAGUGCGAAUCGCGACUAGGUCGUUGCCGCGAGGGACGCAACUCGAACGGCCCCGAGAGCAACGAGCAGCAACCGGAGCUUAGUAUCGAGUACCAGAGCAAUGGAAAGCUCAGUCCGAGCGGACACGCAUCAGCAGUGACGCCAGCAGCAGCACCCAUGACCCAGCAAAAGCAGCCCAUCAUCACGCAGCAGUCGCAGCAGCCCAGUUCCGGUGCGCCAGGGCCACAGCCUAGUCCACAUCAGAGUCCUCAAGCUCCGCAGCGGGCGUCACCGCCCGACCCUUCGCAAGGUCCGCCAGGAGGGCCGCCGGGGGCACCGCCGCCGUCCUCGCAGACCUCGGCCCAGAUGAUGCUCAGCCCGGCCAGCGGCCUGCACCAGAUGCAACAGAUUCUCCAACAGCACAUACUCAACCCGACCCAGCUGCAGUCAUUCAUGCAGCAGCACCAGCUCUACAUCCAGCAGCAACAGCAGCACCACCAGGAGUCUUCAUCGGAACAUGCAUCGAACCAGGACAGAUUCGGUUACUUUUCUUCUCUCAAAAACCACCAGCACCAGCUCGCCGAACUCGGUCGAAAACAGCUGGAGCAGGCGAUGCAACAGCUGCAGGAGCAGUUGCAGUUAAACCUCAUACAGCAGACGCAUCUGCUACAAACGGCCGACAAGAAGAAAGCUUCGGCACCUCUUCAGCAGCUUGCUCUGCAGCAACAGCAGCUCAUCCAGCAGCUACAGAUCACCCAGAGGCAGUACCUGCUGCAACAGGGUCUGGGGCUCCAAGGACACAAUCAUUCUUCAGGUUUGCAACCCGCGGAAGCAUUGCCAGCAUGGAAGAACGAGCCGUCAGACGGCUCGGAAUCGCACGGAAAUUCAAACGUAUCGAAGUCCAGUUCGGGUCUAAAUGGGCUUCUAAAUUCCCUAGUCUCGAAUCGUCGCUCGGAGAUCAACGGCACAACUCAGCUGGACGAGAAACCGCUCGAUGCCUCCUGCAACGAAAAACUUCAGCAUCCGCUCUACGGACACGGAGUUUGCAAGUGGCCCGGAUGCGAGACCGUCUGCGACGAUUAUCAAGCAUUCCUCAAGCACUUAAACACGGAACACACACUGGACGACAGGUCGACGGCACAGGCGCGAGUGCAGAUGCAGGUCGUCUCACAAUUGGAGAUCCAGCUGCAGAAGGAGCGUGACAGGCUAAAUGCAAUGAUGCAUCAUCUACAUAUGGCCAAGCAGAUGGCGUCACCGGAGCCUCCUAAAUCGUCAGAAUCCUCGCAGAAUACAUCGAGCAUGCCGAAGCUGAACCUGUCCUCUGCACUGAUGAACCAACCCCCGCCGAGCUUUGGUGGUGUUUCACAGGUCUCGCCAGUCUCGAUGUCUGCCCUUGUCUCGGCAGUGAGGUCGCCUGCAGGUGGACAACUGCCCCCCACAUCCGGUAGUGGUGGAGCCGGUGGUGCACCUGGUUUGCCCCACGGCCUUAGCAACAUGUCCAACAUCUCGGGACUGCCACCUAUGCCAAACAUGCCCGGAAGCAUGCCCAGCAUGGCUGGACCUAUUCGCAGGAGAAUCAGCGACAAGUCUACUCUAUCCCUGGCGGGAGGACUAUAUGAGGAGGGCACUGUAAGGCGCAGAGUAUCCGUCGAUAGAUCUGGAAUAGAUAUUAACGAAGAGAUUCAGCGAAAUAGGGAUUUCUACAAAAACGCAGACGUUAGACCGCCGUUCACGUAUGCAUCAUUGAUCCGCCAGUCUAUCAUCGAAUCUCCGGACAAGCAAUUGACGUUAAACGAGAUAUACAACUGGUUCCAAAAUACAUUCUGCUAUUUCCGGCGCAACGCAGCAACGUGGAAGAACGCGAUCCGCACCAAUCUAUCGUUGCACAAGUGUUUUGUGCGCUAUGAGGACGACUUCGGGUCAUUCUGGAUGGUGGACGACGCCGAGUUCGUAAAGCGGCGGCAUCUGUCGCGCGGCCGCCCCAGGAAAUAUGACCCAACCCCAUCACCCACUCCACCCCACCUCUCCGCACAGGGUGUACCUUCAAAGAGUCCGACGCUCACGCACAGUCCGACUAUGUACGGUGAUGCUCUCAAUGCGAACCUCCAGUAUUUCCAGGCCGCACUCGGCGAGUCGAACAUGGGAUUUCUGAGCAACUCCAUGUGCACGUCGACGGCCACGAGUCCCGAUAAGGAGCAUACUAUGCCACACAACGAUCUAAUGUCUCCGCUGGACGACUCAGGUCUAGCGCACAUAAAGCAAGAGGGUCAGAGUCCCGAGGGUGGUAAACUUUCGAGGUUGAUAAAGCGCGAGUUGAUGGAAGCGCCUACGGAACAGGACACGGAGGAGGAGACCGGUUGCACGGAUGAUCAGCGGUCCGACUAUCCCGAUACUCAUCCCUCCCUCCAUCAUCAUCACCACCACCACCACCAUCAACAGCAGCAGCAGCAGCAACGCGAGCAACACGACGACUCGGGCCCGGACGAAGACAUCGCCGAGGACCUGUCGAUGGCGCCAGACAUGAUGGCAGCCUCGCAGGCGCCCGACGACCACUGCGACGCGUAGUCGGAGCCACUGUCAGUUGCUUGCGCUCCGGUCGUGCUGAUCGACGACGACGACGACGACGAGGAUGACGAGGAUGAGGAGGAGGAGGAGGAGGAGGAGGAGGAGGGGAUGGAGUGAUCGUCGAUCGCCAUGUACUACACUAAAGCGAGCCCGAGCACACACCGCGUUGGCAUUUUCCCGGCAACGAAGCGAGAGUAGAAGCACAGCGACUCUCCUUCGCCGCUUGCACACCCAGGAAGCGGGGAAGAAAAAAUAAAGAAACUAAGCCCCAGCAUCGCUUUCCUUGGAAUAUUCGUAAUCGCCAUAUCCGUUGUAUCUCAGCGACUUCAAUCGAGUCGCGUGAGUCGUUAAUUAUUUAAGUAUGUAAAGCGCGAGCAAAGUCUUCGUACAUAGAAUCACUAUGUAGCGAAAGUACGAAGAGGAGCUGAGUGUAUGAAGGAGGAAUAUCGCGAGACGCGCGUGCGAUUCAUCGAUCCAUAUCUUUAACCAAGCAAUUAAGUCGAGACAACGAUGUAUAGCAGAGAGAAAGAAAGAAAGAGAGAGAGAGAGAGAGAGAGAGAGAGAGAGAGAGAGAGAGAAAGAAAUAGACGAAGGACACAUACGCAUGUAGGAUACGUAAUGUUUUAAGAGGAAAAAAAGUUAACAAUUUUAGAAGAACCUCAUUCUCGUGUAUAUUGCGCGUAUGAACGAUGUGUAUAGUUAAGAAGAGAAGGUGUGUCUGGCUCACGAACGAGCACGAGCCAAGCUUUUGUCAUUAUAUUAUACAUAUUAUAUAAAUGUAGUAGUGUCGUUCGCUUCUAUACGAUAAUGAAUUGUUUUCGAUGUUUCUGUUUUCAUUUUAUAUUUUAUAUAUAUAUAUGUGUGUGUGUGUGUGUGUGUGUGUUCGAGGCACGUAUCCGACGAGAGUGCGUGAGACAGAAAGAGAGAAAGAGGUGUAAACCAUUAUUACGACGAGGAGGAAUAAUUAAUAAUAGCAGUAAUAGUAAUAAUAAUCAUGGUAAACGAUAAUAUUAAUAAUAUUAUAAUAGCAUUAACGAUUAUAAUGGUUAUAUUAAUGCUAAUGGUAACAAUGAUUACGCAGUCGCGAAGCGACCUUACCAAAACCACUGUUGUGUGAGAGUCAGAGAAAGAAUGCCGUGCGAAUGUUUGCGAGUAUAUGAUAAUGUAAGCAAAAAAACUAAGCGCAGCGCGUGUAUACCUACCGCAAGCGCGACUUGUAGAUAAAUGUAUUUCGGUAGCGAAAAGAGAGAGGAAGGUGCCAGACGCGCGACCCGUUUGCUUUUCUCUCCUUUCGUUCGGGAUCACGCGAAUCCAAAGAAAAAACCAUAUACUUUCUGUGUUAAACGUGUAAAGAGCACGAGAAUUCGGUGAAUUUUUAUUCGCGUUAUGUAGAUCUUUUGUUCCUCGCAAUGAGAGAGGAACGUGUCACGUGCAACAAGGUAAGACGGUCAAGAAGAGAGGUUUUUUUAGACAAGUUUGACUGAAUUUAAUUAACGAGGAUUUUUAUGAGAGUGACACGUUGUACAUAUGUUUUUUGCACCGAUCGGACUAGUUCUAACAUCGUCUUGGUGUCGAAUCUUUAGACGUAUUUUUAAUUUGCUUAUAUUGCGCAUUAUGAUUAUUAUUGUUCACAAUUACAAUUGGUGUUUUUAGAAAUUGGUAACGUGAAUCUCUAUUUUUGAUAGAAUCUAAAUUGUUUUUAAGGACAAAGUAUUCGUAAGUUUGCAAGUCGAAAUCGACAGAAUUCUGUUUAAUUAAAUUUGGUUCAACUUUUUCGUAUACAUAUACUUCCGCUAUUAAGUUUUUUAACAGGCGAUCUUGGAAUUCCUAGGUUUGACGCUUCGCUAAGCAUUUUAAUAUUUUAUAUAUACAUGUAUUGUAAAUGAUACAUAUAUUACAUAUUAAUUUUUUACUAAGUAGCUCCUAUGAUCUCCUGUUUCGUGAAUGCAUUUUACUGUGUAUGUAUGUAAAGCGACCCAGUCGCUAGUCAAAAGCAUAACUAAGAAGGAGCAGGAAAGGAACUUUUUGUAUCAUAUGUACAGAAUUAGGUAUUUAUUGAAUUCGCGUUAGGAGUUGUAUUAUGUUGCGAGAAUCGAUUGUUUUGCUAUCAAAUGCAAUUUUACAAUAAAACGUGAACAUUUUACAAUAAAACUUUACGCUUUGUGUAAGAGGUUUCACUCUUUUUUUUUACUUUAAAAAGAAAACAUCCUAUUGAACCUAGGAAUCAUCCGAAUCGUUCAAAAUUCGCGAAAGCGCUUUUCUCGAAAACGAAUAUAAAAGACACACGUUAUUACGCGCGCGUUAUAAAUAGGCGCCUGUAUAGUUCAUAUUACCCAAAAGCGAAUGUGUAAAAGUAGCAUAACACUCGUACCCACAAACAUACGAAGUAUGCUGGUACGAGCACGGUCUGUGGCAAUGUGUAAGCAAAAAGAGAAGAAAAUUUUGUCCGGGAAAGCUAUGUUUCAGCGACAGGAAGGGAAAAAGAUAGGCAAGCGCAUAAAGGCAGGAUUAUUUAACUUUCAAUUCAAAUGAAUGGUAUAAAGCAAACAAAAAACUUAUAAUGAGUAAACUAAAAAUCACUACGUAUGCACCCUUACAUAAAUAUACAUAUAUACGUAUACGUAUAGGAAUAUAAGAAAAAUUUUAGCAGCCAAGGAGGAAAAUCACUCCCUCUUAUCCCGCAAGGAAGAUGUCACGGUAAUAAAGGAAAACAAAAAAGUGUCCCCCUCUCCAAACGUAAAAAAUGGUCUUGAACUCCGCCUGGCCGAUGCUUUGAGAAUAAUGAAAAUAACAAAAAACAAACUCUAUAUAUAAUAAAGUAUACGCUUGCAAUUGCGGUGGCCGAUCACAUUCCCACCGUGGGCCACUCGAAUCUUUAUGGUAUAUCAACGCACUGAGUAAUGGUUACUCGAAAAAGUUCCGUCUUAGUAGAUUUAAAUUAUUUAAACAUUUUAUGUGUAAUUAAUAAGGAAUGGAAUUUAAGAAAAGUUGACGUCGAUUUUUAGUCAAUUAAUAACUUUUGUUGCAUCAUCAUAAUAAUUAAUAUCUGAUUAGAAAAAUGAACAUGAAAGAUGAAUAAUGAAGGAACUUUUUGGUAACUUUUUGUUCGUGCGACAAUAGCGUGAAAUUUUCAUUUUACCGCGCGAGUUACGUGAAAAAUUUCUAUAGUAUAAAGAAAAAAUAGGAGAAAAGAAAAGCGAUCAACUCAUGACAAAAAUCAAAUUUCUGUCACGAGUCGUUGCAGCUGGAAGAGCUAGAGAUACGUGAAUCGAUAUGAAUUUAGCGGUGCGAAGUUAUCCGUUUUCAAUAGGACGAGAGCUGCAGAAUCGCAAUCAAAAUUUUUUACGAACCGAACGAAAUAAAAAUAUACGUUGUACAAUCUCUCAAAUUCUUGUAGUGUCGGGAUCCACUAUAAUCAGGAGCGACGUACAAACGACGGUGUAUUUGCAUGAAAUGUACGACUCCGUCGCGUACAAUCAUCGCUUCGAACGAAGAGGAAUGUCGUAGUCGAAGUUGUAAAACAUUCCAAUUUUUGCUUCAAUCCUGUGUACACGAUUCGACUCUUCGAUUUUUUAAUGCGAAUGACAAAAGUACUCUGUUAUACGAUAUAUAUGUAUACACACCUAUAUAUAUGCAAUUAUUUAUUUAGUCACACAUGUACGAUCGCCGUUUUCUCUUGUUUACAAAAUAUGGACAAGACGAAACGAAGUAUUUUUUCACAAUCAUUUGUAAUUCUAGUUUAUACCUUUUUAUAUAAACAAAAACUCUGAGGGUAUAAUUAAAAUAGUUACAUUCGCUGGCUCUAUUGGUCCAUGCGACUCUCGGCGGCAUCUCGCUAAAGCGUUUUUCGAAUUUUUUAUUUUUACUGACGUUGAAUUUUAUUGUUGUUAUUGUUAAUACUGUGUAAUCAUUAAUCUCUUACCUAAUAUAAAUGACGAUAUAUAAAAACUUUCGAGUCUAACGCCUGUUAGUUGGACAUCUAUUAUAUGAUUUCAAGUAAAUAUCAAAAAUUGUAUAUAGUCGUUCUUUCGUCAUGAAGAACAAUAGAGCUUACUUAAUUUCUUUCGUAUGUAUAGUUUGAAAUAAGAGAUAAGAGCGAGAUCCCGCUGAGAACUCGAGGUCGAGGAUCUUGAUGUAUAAUUUGAGAAAGGAUCUGUCGAUGUCAUGCUUCGACUACGCAAAGUGUGAUACUUCUAUACUCUGCAUCCCUCCCGAAAAACAAAUUACCAUUACUGCUGUAAUUAUAUAUAUCAUUCGGUCGAAGUACGAAAACAUCUGCUAGUUUUUACAGACUCACACACGCGCUUUUAGAACAAAAAACAUUGAUCACGAGGUAAAAGAUAUAAUGAAAUUGAUAUUUUCGUGCUUUGACUUUUUCACCGCAGAAAAACAGGUUAAAACAAAUGUGUAAUAAUAGAUUAUCCGUUUAUACGGUGUUCGAUGGAUGCUGACGUGAAAUCUUUUUUAACAAUUCACCGGAAUUUAUUACAUUUCAUUAUUUUUCUCUGAUCAAAGCUAUACUCUAUAGCCUAUUCAGUCAUGUUAGCAUCCAUCGUCAUGACGUUUUAAUAAAAUAGAAACAGAUUAAUUAUGCAGGCCUUUUAUGACUAUCGAAGCGACAAUGUGUGUGUGUGUACAUCUCGAAUAUAUAGGAUCAAAGAAAGAGAUUGAGAGAAUGGAAAAAUAAAGAGUUGAAGUGUUGAAGCUAUGUUAUAUUGACAGUUUAUGUUGUUAUGAAAGCAAAUCGAAGCGACGAUUCAGUGCCAUUUGGGCCCACUUCACGUGUAUCGCAAUGCUCCUACUUUUAAGUCUAUGUAUUGUGUAAAACGAAUAAUAAGGAUUCGACACAUAGAAGACUCAUCUGUAAAUAGUUAAUUGACGAGGCAUUAGGUAUUUACCUAAAUAUACGAUUUACGAAUGA